CUCAUUUCGUGAGGCGAAUCCCAGGUAGUCCGCCGCCGCCACCGCCGACGAGAUGACCGACGCCGCCCAGUAUUCGCCUGCUGCCGCCACGACUGUACAAGGUGGGUACGAGUAUGACGAGCAAGAUGUUGAAGAGUACUCGGGACACCACGGACAUGCACAACCCCAGGACGCAGUCAAGCUCUUCGUUGGGCAAGUCCCGCGCACAAUGGACGAAGACGAACUGCGGCCUAUUUUGGAACGGUUCGGCCCACUUUACGACAUUGUGAUCAUCCGUGAUAAAAUCAGCGGCGCACACCGAGGGUGUGCAUUUGUCACUUACUGCUCCCGCAAUGCUGCCGAAGCAGCGAUUGACACCUUGCACAACCAAGUGACCCUGCCAUCAUCGCCAAACCCGUUGCAAGUGCGUCCUGCCGAGGGACAAGCAGGUGCGUCCCAGGAGCACAAACUGUUUAUCGGAAUGAUCCCCAAGCACGCCGAUGAAGCGGACAUUCGCAGCGUGUUUCAAGUGCACGGCGAUAUCGAAGAAAUCUACAUCUUGCGCCACCCUGGAACCGGUCAAAGCAAAGGUUGCGCAUUUCUCAAGUUCAAGGAUCGCCACGCCGCGUCCACCGCGAUCGACACGAUCAACGGUGCUGUUACGAUGGACCGAGGCACGGCGCCAUUAGUCGUCAAGUUUGCCGACAGUCGCCGCCAACGAAUUCAACGCGCCCGUAACCAAGCCGCGACGUCAGCCGCCGCGUACUGGCAGAUGCCACCGGGUGCCGCCAUUCCAUUCCCGCAACUCCAGCAACUCCAACAACAGUACCUGCAACAAAUUCAAGCGUUUGGGGCCCAAGCCGCCGCGUUGCAUCCUGCGUCAGGCCUGCCAACGCCACCGCAAGCUCCUCUAACAGCCACGAAUCCGGCCGCGUUCAUGUACUACAACCCGUACGCGAUGCCACCUCCCACUGGUGCCGGGUACCCGUCGACGGCGUUCCCUGUCGUGCCCAUAGGCGGGGGGUUUCCCCUGGAUGCGGCGUCGUCAGACGCGGCGCGAUCGGCGGCGCAGAUCGAAGGCCCCGUCGGCGCCAACUUGUUCAUUUACCACUUGCCGCAUGACUUGACAGACGCCGACUUGGCGACCGCAUUUGCUCCUUUCGGCACAGUCAUCAGCGCCAAGGUGUACAUGGACAAGAACACGGGCGAAAGCAAGGGAUUCGGGUUUGUCAGCUACGACUCGGCACAAGCGGCGGACGCGGCGAUCGCCAGCAUGAAUGGCUUCCAGAUUGGGUCGAAGCGGUUGAAGGUCCAGCACAAGCGGGUGCACCACCGUGGGUUGGGCGAGGAGUACCUCGAUCAUGUCGAUCACGGCAGCGACGAGUUAGGACUAGAGCACUCGGUGCAGGCGCUGCACCUAGACAACCCAUAGAAAGUGAUCGGACGAACGUGUGAAGAUGGAGGCGCCGUGGCGACCGUGUAGCGAGUAGUGCGAUGGACAAAAGCGUUGUUGGUUGUUCGAUGUGUUAAACAAGAUAUGCCGCUAUGACCA